AUGUCGUCGACAACUCAGCCGGCUCCGGCGUACCCGACAGUCCCGCUCUCGCCGCGCACCGUCGUGCAGACCGGCGCGCCGGGCGUCAAGCAGCUCCUCGAGCGCAACAAGGAGUGGGCCAACGCCAUGCGCGCGUCCGAUCCCGAGUUCUUUGCCAAGCUCGUGGACCAGCACAUCAAGGACUUGUACAUUGAGAACGCCCGCAAGUUCCUCGACUGCGACGAAGCCACCAAAUCGGAGCUUCUCAUCGAGGAGAACAUCGCGCGCAGCGUCUACAACGUCUGCCACACGCGCAUCGUGCAGAACGCGUGGGAGGCUGGCCAGCAGCUCAGCGUCCACGGCUGGUGCUACCGCCUUAAAGAUGGCAUCAUCCGCGACCUCGGCGUCUGCGUCACGGGCAUGGACCAGGCCGACUCACCGCCGCACCUCCCGCGCAUCUCUCUCGACCCAAGCGUUAACGCGAUCCGCGCCUCGUUGGACCAGACGCCGUCGGCCCCUGCACCAACGCCGCACUUUACCAUAUCCGCCGACCCCAUUUGGCUCUCGCCGCCGACACGGCCACCGACGGAAACACCGUCGUUCGCGGUGGCCGCUUCGCCCCGACCAGCGCCGCGCAGUCCGCGCCACUUACGCCCACGCACCGAAGUCGAGACCGGCGAGGAAGGCAUGGCGCAGCUCCUCGAGCGCAAUCGGCUCUGGGCCGACGACAUGCGGGCGCGCGACCCCAGCUAUUUUUCCAAGCUCGCCGACACGCAGACGCCCGAGAUUCUCUGGAUCGGCUGCUCCGACUCGCGCGUGCCGGCCAACGAGAUCUUGAAUUUACCGCCCGGCGAGGUCUUUGUCCACCGCAACAUUGCCAACCAAGUGAUCUCGACGGACCUCAACUGCUUAUCGGUGAUCGAGUAUGCGGUCAAGUACCUCAAGGUCAAGCACAUCAUCGUGUGUGGCCAUUAUGGCUGCGGUGGUGUCAACGCCGCCCUGUCCCAAAAAGAGUUUGGCAUCGUCGACAACUGGCUUCGCAGCAUCAAGGACUUGUACAUUGACAACGCUCGAAAAUUCCUCGACUGCGACGAGGCCACCAAGUCGGAGCUCCUCGUCGAAGAGAACAUCGCGCGGGGCGUCUACAACGUGUGCCACACGCGUAUCGUGCAGAACGCAUGGGAAGCCGGGCAGCCGGUGAGCGUCCACGGCUGGUGUUAUCGACUGAAAGACGGCAUCAUUCGCGACCUCGGGCUUUGCGUCACGGGCAUGGACCAAGUCGAAACCAUCUACCGGCGCAUGCGCGAAAAGACAAAGCCGGCCGCGUAA